AUGCCUCCGCCGCUCCACCACGUCCCGCUGGGGCGCAUCCCCUUCUCCGCCGCCGCGGCGCUACAAUCGCACCUCGUAUCGCUCUUCCUCGCCUCCAAGUCCCCCUCCGCCUCGCACUCCCCACCACCACCAACCCUCCUGACCGCCGAAUUCCCACCAACCUACACCCUCGGCCGGCGCGAGCGCACGCUGACCUCGUCGCAAGCCUCGCACCUCAGCACGUCCGGGCGUGCAUCCGUCGUGCCCACACUCCGCGGGGGGCAGACAACCUUCCACGGCCCGGGGCAGCUAACUGGCUACCUCAUCCUCGACCUGAAGACGCACGCGCUCUCACCGCGCUGCUACAUCCGCCUCCUCGAGGACAGCGUGAUCGGCACGCUGGCGCACUACGGGAUCCGCGGGUUCACGACGGCCGAUCCAGGCGUGUGGACGAGCGCCGAAAGGAAGAUCUGCGCCGUCGGAGUCCACAUGCGCAGGAACGUCACGAGCUAUGGAGUGGGACUUAACGUCAACACAAACCUCUGGUGGUUCGAUAGGAUUGUGGCUUGUGGCCUUGAGGGGAAGCAGGCUACUAGUCUGCUUAGGGAGGGGGUCGAGGGGGAGACCGUCGCUGGUGUCGCUGGUGUGUGGGCCGGCGUGCUGGCGGAUAGGUUGGGGAUCGAGGUGAGGGAGGCUAAGGCAACAGAUGUCAUGGCGGCAAUGGCGGCAGUGGCGGCGGAGAGUGGGACGGCCAGCCAGCCGGUCAGCCAGCCGGCGGAGAAGGCGGGGAGUGUAGAGUAG